UCCAGGUGACGUCACUGCCAUCAGGCGAUUGCGUGCUGAAAUAGGGACAACAUUCGCCGUGGAGCUGUGGAGAAGGGACACUUUAGACCCCCAAAAUCUUAGAUUUUAGCGAUGGGAGACAACUUGAGAGAGCACGUUAUGAUCAACCAGUUCGUCAUGACGGCUGGCUGUACGUUUGACCAGGCGAAGACGCUACUUCAGAAGGCCCACUGGCAGUUUGAGACUGCACUAAGUAUUUUCUUCCAAGAAGCUGUGCCCAACGCUCACGGACACCAUGGCGGGCAUCAUCCGAUGUGUACGCCAGCCAACACGCCAGCCACGCCGCCUGCCUUCCCAGACACUUUAACAGCGUUUUCCAAGCUACAAGCAUCAGACACCGGCGCCAGUCCUGGGACAACAAAAUACAGUUGCAGCCCUGUCAGCCCCCUAGCUUCCUCACCUCCAAAUAGCCAACAACCCAUGGAAGUAAACGCACAGAGAUGAAAGGAACACACGGGUACUAUUAAACGGCACAGCUUACCAUGCAGUAGAAGAUGUGGAAUGGCUGUCUUGUAUACUUCUGAUGAAAUAUGGACUAGUCCGAGAGAAAUAUACAAAAAGGGAUUAGGAACUAUAAAAAAGGCACAAAUCUAGAUGGGGCUAAUGAAAUUGUAUGUAGGAGGCUGAGUCAGUCGAUUACCACGCAUGACAAGUAGGCAGGGAGAGAGAUGACGUACUGGUCAGUUAAUGAAAUGGAUCAUAAUUAGGGCCUUGUUGCAAGGAUGUGGAACUUUAAACCAGGUGGUACUACAAUCAAGGAGUGAUGAAAUGAUAAGAGAUGUGUUUCUUGACAUUGAACGCUGAAUAAUUAUGUCUCAGGUGAUAUUACACUGUAACAGACGUGUACAUACGUGUGUAGAGAGAAAGAUGAGCUGAUGAGAGGGAGAUGUAAUGCAAAAAAUUUUGUAAAGACUUUUCAGCUGUGGCUGGGAAUAUAUACAAGGAUGUUCUGUUUCCUGUUAUAUAGAUAGGUGUUAUAUGUGUGUAUCCUUAUAAUUUUGUUAUCUAUGUGUGUGUGAUAGUAUUUUCGCCAUGAUAAGUGACUACAGUUCUCUUUUUUUUAUGCUAGUAACCAACUGUUGCAUGUUGCUGUAUUUUGUACUUUUUCUGGGAUUCUUGUUUGGUGUUCUAGACUCAGUGGUGAGGUAAUACACCACAGAUGCAAGUGUUUAUAUGUAGGCGAAAAAUGCCCUCAGAAUUGUACAGAAAUGCAGUAAGAAGAAUAUCCAGAAACUUAUGAUAAAAGCGUAGACUAAAAGACAUUGAAAUACCCCUCAAGAACUCCUGCAAUAAAAGAUUCCAUACACACAAAGUGAAA